ACGUCAGGCGCUUCGUCUUCGAAUAGUACACCUAUGUCAGGCGAGAAGGACCUCGCCCGCCUCGUUUCUUCCAUACACGAACUCCUUGCAUCGCAGAAAGCAUGGCUCACUGACAAGAAUCAUGAUGAUCUCAUCCAAGAUCUCCUCUCCCAGUUUUCAUCUCUCAACCUACCGAAGAAGGGUGGCGAAAGUGCGGGUGCGGGGGAGAACAGGAGCAAAGAAACCAUGGCCCAUGCCCGAACUGUUCUCAACAUCCUCACCACGAACGCAGAAGCUCGUAAGCUCCUCCUCGACAUUCGGUACCUCGCCCGCGAGAUGCUUGCCAACGUCAUCCAGCACGAAGCUGAUGCAAUUCGUCCCAAGCCAUACGAGAUGGCUGUUAUCGAUGAGCAUGGCGCGGGCUGGGAUACUCAAGGACGAGGCAACGGAGAUGCAGCCCAGCGCAUGAGGGAGAACGAAGGGAGGAGAAGGAUCUUGAUGGAGAGAAGAAUCACUAGUGCGGAUGUACUCGGAGUGGGUGGGGCGAAAAAGAAGGCAAGGGGUGUGGACAUCAAGCGAGAGCUCGCACGAAAAGAUAUCGAUUUCGCUGAGAAGCGUAGGAAAGUCGAUGAGGGCCUCAAGACGAUGCAACACGAGAUGCACGAACGCGUUCCAAGGCACACUAACGACGACAGUAGAAAACAUUAUCGUACCUCCGCUCACUCUAGGUCGGGUACGGCGAAGCCACGAACGGAUAAGGUCCCCGAAGCACGCGGAGAGGAGCUCACUCAUCGGGUGAAGAAGGUGCUCGCAGAAUGCCAGAAUAUCAAGGAAUAUCAGGAAAGCAUGGGGUACUGCCUCGAUCGCAUCGACGAUUACGCACGAAACGGCCUACGAGCUCCAGGGUCCGCUGAGGUAAAUGCAGAUGCCUUAGAAACAGGCUUUGGGGAGCACAAUCUGACUUCGGACCCAGCUCUCCAAGAAGUCCUCUUGAAUUUAACUACCUUCUGCGAACGUAUUGCUUCCGGCAAACGCAUCGGUCCUAUCUUCAUUGCCAUUGACACCCUUUUUAUCGAAGCGCACGGUGAUAACGACUUCUGGACGUGGUUCUCGCAAGAUCUAUUCCCCUACAUACGCAAACUCUUACUUCAACCGGGUUACCUCCUUCGACCCUCAGACGAUACAAAUUCUCUGUCCCCCGGAGUACCAAGCGCAAAGUCUAGUGGCGCGGCCAUGAGUACCGAAGCAAAAGAAGAUGGACACCGUGUACG